GAAUCGGUGUGUCCUUCCUGCAAACUCCUAGAUGUGAUUCAGCUGCACUUUACGAUUCAUAUACCCAGAGGAUAAAUCAAAUUCAUAACAAUGAAGCGUAGCAAGCAUCGAGCCUCCAAGGAUGAUGGCAAAGGUCAAGAUGAGCCGGCCAUCCUGGAGACGGAGGACAUGAGGAUGCCAGACCCGGACACCAUCUCACUCGCAUCAGUCACUGCCGUCACAACCAAUGUCUCCAAUAAGAGAUCAAAGCCUGACAUCAAGAUCGAGCCUAGUGCUGGAAGACCAGUGGAUUUCCAAGUCAGUGUCACUGUUAUAGAGGCCAGACAGCUGGUGGGUCUGAACAUGGAUCCAGUGGUGUGUGUAGAAAUCGGUGAUGACAAAAAAUACACCUCAAUGAAGGAGUCGACCAACUGCCCUUACUACAAUGAGUACUUCGUUUUUGACUUCCACGUUCCUCCUGAUGUCAUGUUUGACAGGAUCCUGAAAGUGUCUGUUAUCCACUCUAAGAAUCUUUUGCGAAGUGGCACGCUGGUCGGGAGCUUCAAGCUUGAUGUGGGCACAGUUUAUACACAACCUGAACAUCAGUUCUUCCACAAAUGGGCCACUUUAUGUGACCCCGAUGAUAUCACUGCUGGAUGCAAAGGCUAUGUCAAGUGUGACAUCGCAGUUGUGGCAAAGGGCGACACUAUCAAAACUCUACACAAGACAAAUGAAACAGACGAGGAUGACAUUGAGGGUAAUCUUCUGUUGCCGGAAGACGUCCCGGCUGAGCGUCAAUGGGCAAGAUACUAUGUGAAAAUCUACCGAGCCGAGGGGUUGCCUAAAAUGAACACCAGCAUAAUGGCAAAUGUCAAAAAAGCUUUCAUUGGAGAAAAUAAGGACUUGGUUGAUCCGUAUGUCCAAGUGCAAUUUGCAGGGCAGAAGGGUAAAACUUCAAUUCAGAAGAGCAGCUAUGAGCCGAUUUGGAAUGAGCAGAUCGUUUUCACAGAGCAGUUUCCACCACUGUGCCGGAGAAUGAAAGUCCAGAUCCGUGAUUCGGAUAAAGUGAACGAUGUGGCCAUCGGAACGCACUUCAUUGACCUGCGGAAGAUUGCUAAUGAUGGAGACAAAGGCUUUCUUCCAACUCUUGGGCCGGCUUGGUCCAACAUGUACGGCUCCACACGCAGCUACACACUCAUGGACGAGUACCAGGACCUGAAUGAAGGACUAGGGGAAGGGGUGUCUUUCAGGGCCCGGCUGCUGAUCAGUCUGGCCGUGGAGAUACUGGACACCUCCUCUCCUGAAGUAAUGAGCUCCACUGAGGUGCAAGUGGAGGGGAUACCCAACAUCUCAGAUAAUGCCACGGGAAAAAUUGAAGAGUUCUUUCUCUUUGGAUGUUUCCUUGAAGCCACUAUGAUUGACAGGAAGAUUGGAGACAAACCCAUCAACUUUGAGGUUACAAUAGGAAACUACGGCAGUGAAGUCGAUACCCCAACCAAGCCAAAAACAAAGAAGAAGAAGGGUGGCGAUGGAGAUGAUGAGGAGUCUGAGCUCAUUUACGGCUCCAGUGACGAGGAGGUGGAUGAUGGUGGAGAUAUGACAUCAGUUUCCACCUCUCCUCCAAUGAAGCCAGUCAUCACUGACAGAAACUAUUUCCACCUGCCGUACUUUGAGAGGAAGCCCUGCAUCUAUAUCAAGAGCUGGUGGCAGGACCAAAGGAGACGACUUUAUAAUGCUAACAUCAUGGACAGAAUUGCAGAUAAAUUGGAAGAAGGGUUGAAUGAUGUGCAGGAGAUCAUUAAAACAGAGAAAGCCUAUCCUGAGCGCAGACUCAGAGGAGUCCUGGAGGAACUCAGCAGUGGCUGCAGUACCUUUGUAACUUUGGCAAACAAUGAUCAGAAUCAGGCUGGGAAGACUAAACUGGACCGGGAGAGACUGAAAUUAUGCAUGCAGGAAUUGGAAAACAUGGGCCAGCAAGCAAAGAAUAUGCGAUCCCAAGUAAAGAAAAGCAAUGUGAAAGACAAAAUAAAACUGGCACAAAACUUCCUCCACAAGCUGAGAUUCUUGUCUGAUGAGCCUCAGCAUAGUGUUCCAGAUAUUUACAUAUGGAUGAUAAGCAACAACAAACGCAUUGCAUAUGCCCGUGUUCCCUCCAAAGACAUCCUCUUUUCUUCUGUGGACGAAGAAACCGGAAAGGACUGUGGGAAAGUCCAGACCAUCUUUUUCAAGCUCCCUGGUAAGAAAAGCUUUGGACCUGCAGGCUGGACCGUUCAGGCUAAAACUGAGCUGUAUCUGUGGCUCGGCUUGAACAGGCAGCGUAAGGACUACUUGAGCGGCCUGCCAAAUGGGUUUGAGGAGAACAAGGCAGUAAAAGGGCCUGGCAUACAGUCUUCACCCCCUAUAAGCCUGAUGUACACAAUGAAGCAGAUCUUCCAGCUGAGGGUUCACAUGUAUCAGGCUCGCAGUCUGUUUGCGGCUGACAGCACAGGCCUGUCAGACCCUUUUGCCAGGGUAUUUUUUUCCACCCACAGCCAGGUCACAGAGGUCCUGAAUGAGACGUUGUGUCCUACAUGGGAUCAGCUGCUGGUGUUUGAUAAUGUGGAGCUCUAUGGUGAGGCUGGUGAACUGAGAGAUGAUCCUCCUAUAAUCGUCAUUGAGAUCUAUGAUCAGGACACUGUCGGAAAAGCUGAUUUCAUGGGUAGGACAUUCGCAAAACCUAUAACCAAGAUGUCAGACGAGCAUUAUGGGCCGCCACGCUUCCCUCCUCAACUAGAGUAUUACCAGAUCUACCGGGGAAACUGCACUGCAGGAGAAAUGCUGGCGGCCUUUGAGCUGCUGCAGAUUGGACCAGCUGGAAAGGCCGACCUGCCCCCAAUAGAUGGACCUUCCGAUAUCGAUCGUGGUCCAAUUCUGCCUGUUCCUAUUGGCAUAAGACCUGUCUUGAGUAAAUACCGAAUUGAGGUUCUUUUCUGGGGCCUGAGGGACCUGAAGCGAGUGAAUCUGGCUCAAGUUGACCGUCCCCGUGUGGACAUCGAGUGUGCAGGGAAAGGUGUUCAGUCAGCGCUGAUUCAGAACUACAAGAAAAACCCCAACUUCAGCACUCUGGUGAAGUGGUUUGAAGUGGACCUGCCAGAAAACGAGCUCCUCCAUCCUCCUCUGAACAUCCGUGUGGUGGACUGCCGGGCGUUUGGUCGUUACACACUAGUUGGCUCUAAUGCCGUCACAACUCUACGCAAGUUCAUUUACAGGCCAUCGGAUAAGAGUGUCAAUAACUGGUCUGCCAUGGAGGAGGUUGUGAUCCACACAGAGCCAGAACCAGCUGUGAAGAAGACCGAGACAGUGGUCAAACUCGACUCAGCGUCUGAUGCUGUGGUUAAGGUCGAUAUGCCAGAUGAUGAGAAAGGUGGGAAAGGGAAAAAGAAGCGGAAGAAGGGUGAAGAGGUGGAAGAGGAGGAGCUGGAUGAAAGCAUGCUGGACUGGUGGUCCAAAUACUUUGCCUCGAUUGAAACACUGAAAGAGACCAUUAAAGCGCACGAGGCAGACGCUGAAGAAAAGGAAGACUUUGACUCUGGAGAGGGUAAGAGAGGAAAAGGAAACAAGAACAAAGCCAUGCCUGGGCAAGGAGUACCAGAGAAGAAGAAGCACACAAUUGAAGAGCUGAAGAUGUACAGCAGAGAGCUUGAAUAUGAGUUUAACACCUUUGAAGAUUGGCUUCACACUUUUAACCUUUAUCGAGGCAAGUGUUCAGAUGAUGCUGACGUCGAGCAGAAUGCAGCUGAUGAAGACAGACUUAUUGGCAAAUUCAAGAACCGUUUCUACAGCAAACACAGGCCAACCUGUGGUCUCAGUGCCAGCUACGCAAUUCAUGGCUAUAAUGUGUGGAGGGACCCAAUGAAGCCAACGCAGAUCCUUGCCAAACUCUGCAAAGAUGGAAAAAUGGAUCCACCCCAGUACGGCCCCAGGGGACGAGUGAAAGUGAUGAACAGAGUUUACACGGGACCGACUGAAAUUGAGGAUGAAAAUGGACUGAAGAAACAGACGGAUGAGCACCUGGCUCUUGCUGUGCUAAACCGCUGGGAAGAUAUGCCAAGGAUCGGCUGCAAACUCGUCCCAGAUCACGUGGAGACGAGGCCUCUCCUGAAUCCGGAUAAACCUGGGAUGGAGCAGGGAAGGAUUGAGUUGUGGGUGGACAUGUUCCCGAAGGAUAUGCCUGCGCCUGGACCCGCUCUCGAUAUUUCACCAAGGAAGCCAAAGAAAUUUGAGCUCAGGGUGAUCGUGUGGAACACGGACGAAGUCGUUCUGGAGGACGAUGACAUUUUCACAGGGGAAAAAUCCAGUGACAUAUUUGUUAGAGGAUGGCUAAAAGGCCAACAAGAAGACAAGCAGGACACAGACGUCCACUAUCACUCUCUGACCGGAGAGGGCAAUUUCAACUGGCGCUUCGUUUACCCCUUCGACUACCUACAGGCCGAAGAAAAAAUCGUCAUCUCAAAGAAAGAGUCCAUGUUUUCUUGGGACGAGACGGAGUAUAAAAUUCCUGCGCGACUGAAUUUGCAAGUGUGGGAUGCGGAUCACUUCUCUGCAGACGACUUCUUGGGUGCAAUUGAACUAGACCUGAAUCGAUUUCCUCGUGGUGCGAAGACAGCGAAGCAGUGCUCCAUUGACAUGGUGAUUAACGAGCAAGACAUGCCCAUGGUCAACAUCUUCAAACAGAAGAGAAUUAAAGGCUGGUGGCCAUUUGUGGCCCGAGAUGAAAAUGAUGAGUUGGAAAUUACAGGGAAAGUAGAAGCAGAGCUUCACCUGCUGACAGGUGAGGAGGCCGAGAAGAGUCCUGUUGGUGAAGGACGCAAUGAACCAGAGCCUCUGGAGAAACCCAACCGUCCUGACACAACCUUCCUGUGGUUCAUCAGUCCGCUCAAAGCAAUCCGCUAUCUAAUCUGCAACAACUACAAGUGGCUAAUCAUCAAAAUUGUGGUGGUUCUGUUGUUAUUAGUGAUGCUGGGCUUGUUUCUGUACAGUAUGCCAGGUUACAUGGUGAAAAAGCUUCUAGGGGCUUGA